GCAGCCUUCACUCACUCUGUCUCUCUGAAGCAAUGGAUCGGCAAUGCUUGCUCGCAUUCGCGUUGAUCGGCAUCAUUGUCGCCGGCGUCGGAGCCCAGUCCCCAGCGGCUGCGCCAUCCAAAUCUCCGGUGACUCCGGCGGGUGCUACUUCACCGGUUUCAUCACCAGCCGCGGCUCCAUCUAAGCCACAAUCACCAGCCAAAGCACCUUCGAAGCCUAAAUCUCCGGCUCCGGCCACGUCUCCAUUGUCGUCUCCACCGGCUUCGGUUCCUGUGAAACCGGCUGCGCCAACUCCAUCGAAGCCGGCUGCGCCAGCUCCAGUGGCUAAACCUCCUGCGGCUGCUCCAUUGAGCUCACCACCGGCUCCGGUUCCGGUCAGCUCUACGCCUCUGCCUGCACCGGAGAAGUCUCCUCCGUCACCUGCGCCGGAGACUGUUCCCUCCAGCGCUCCUCCGGCUCCGGUAACCGCGCCGACUGCCGAGGUUCCAGCUCCGGCUCCGAGCAAGAAGAAACCAAAGGCUAAGACUAAGAAGCACCACGCGCCGGCCCCGGCGCCGGGGCUUUUAGGCCCGCCCGCUCCGCCAGCUGAGGCACCCGGACCCAGCCAGGACGCGACCUCGCCUAGUCCCUCUUUGGCUGAUGAGAAUGGAGCGGUGACGAUCAGGGCCGUGCAGCAGGUGGUGGCCGGCUUGGCAUUGGGAUGGGCUGUCCUCGGUUUGAUCCUUUAGAGAGAGAGAGAGAGAGAGAUGUUAUUAUUUACGCGGUUCAUUGUUAAACAGAUCGAUUAAACGUAGAGAUUCCUCUAAAUUAUUUCUUAAUAGUUUGGAGAAAAAUUGUGUCGAUUUGCUUUGAACUUUGGGAUUUACCAGCAUGCUUCUUUUAUUCUUUGGGAGAGGACGUUUGUGGGGGGAAACUUGAUUACUUUGUAGUUUUCUUUUCAAUCUACUACUCAGUCUACUUGAUUACUUUUGUAUUACACUAUUGGAGAGCUCAGAGCAUCUUUCUUUUA